CGACAGCAGGGGACAGCCGGAAGCGGAAGAGACACCGGAAGUUGCCUUUUGAGAGGACUCUGUGAACCCCGGAGGAUUCAGAAGUACCUUCUCAAUACUGACAGGGCGAUAGCAAGCCUUGGCUGUCACAUUAGGCAGGCAGACGUUUUACACUUGGAGCCACCCGGCUUAAGCCCAGGCUCAUACAAGGUCAUCACAUGACUUAAACCCAGGAUCCCUCAGGAUGUCUGAAAACCAGGGGAACGUCCCUCUAAAUAACACAAAUGGAAACCGAGUACGGACCCCCAACUUAAACCAGAACCCGCUAAUCAAUGUACGUGAUCGUCUCUUCCAUGCAUUGUUCUUCAAGAUGGCGGUCACAUAUGCAAGACUCUUCCCACCGUCCUUCCGUAGAAUUUUUGAGUUCUUUGUGCUGCUCAAGGCCCUUUUGGUGCUGUUCAUCCUGGCUUACAUUCACAUUGCCUUCUCACGCUCUCCCAUCAACUGCCUUGAGCAUGUGCGAGAUAAGUGGCCCCGAGAUGGCAUCCUUCGGGUUGAAAUUCAAUUGAACUCAAGUCGUGCACCGAUUUUUCUGCAAUUUUAUGAUAGUGACACUUUUCCGGGGCUGGUCAAGGAGUCUCUUGGGGAGGAUGAAGAAGAGGAGGAAGAAGAGAUGACAAUGGAUAUGUACCAGAACAGUUCCAUAAAGUUUGAAUUGGAUAUAGAACCCAAAGUGUUCUUGAAGCCAUCUCUAGAGAGUGUAACAAGGGCUUCAGACAACCAAAGUCAGGCUCUGUCUUUCAGUGAUGCUGCCAGCAAAGUGUGGCCGCAAGAAGAGUAUAUUGUAGAAUAUUCUCUGGAAUAUGGCUUUCUACGGCUGUCCCAGAGCACGCGGCAAAAACUCAACAUUCCUGUCAUGGUUGUUACACUUGACCCCACCCGAGACCUGUGUUUUGGGGACCGAUUCAGCCGUUUUCUUCUAGAUGAAUUUUUGGGAUAUGAUGAUAUUCUCAUGUCAAGUGUUAAGGCCUUGGCUGAAAAUGAGGAGAACAAAGGAUUCCUAAGGAAUGUGGUUUCAGGAGAACACUAUCGGUUUGUCAGCAUGUGGAUGGCGCGCACCUCAUACCUAGCUGCCUUCGUCAUCAUGGUUAUAUUUACACUCUCAGUCUCCAUGCUGUUAAGAUAUUCUCACCACCAGAUCUUCGUCUUUAUUGUGGAUUUACUGCAGAUGUUAGAGAUGAAUAUGAGUAUUGCGUUUCCAGCUGCUCCACUACUCACUGUGAUCUUGGCCCUUGUAGGGAUGGAAGCCAUCAUGUCCGAAUUCUUCAACGACACCACCACUGCUUUCUACAUUAUCUUAAUUGUGUGGCUUGCUGAUCAGUAUGAUGCGAUAUGCUGCCAUACCAACACCAGCAAGAGACACUGGCUCAGGUUUUUCUAUUUGUAUCACUUUGCAUUUUAUGCGUACCAUUAUCGUUUUAAUGGGCAGUACAGCAGUCUGGCACUUGUUACAUCUUGGCUCUUCAUUCAGCACUCUAUGAUCUAUUUCUUCCAUCACUAUGAGCUGCCUGCUAUCCUGCAACAAAUCCGCAUCCAAGAAAUGCUUCUUCAGAACCAGCAGGUGGGCCAGAACCAAACAAGCCUUCAGGAUAAUCUGAACAACAACACAGCCUCUGAGCCAGCAGGAGCAACUUCCCCACCUACACCGGCAGUUCCCCUUCAGCCUCCCACAGCCAAUGUCCAUCACACAUCCUUAGAUGACAGCUCUGGUUCCUCUGUUGGGGUCUUGAGUGAUACCAUUGUGAAUGUUCUCACACCUGCAGCACAGCCUAUGGAAGCUGCGAUCCAUGAUGCAUUGCCUUCUAGAUUUGAGGAGCCAAAUCAAGAGGCUCCUGGUAGUGAUCCUACAAUUUCUGAUAUAGCUGCACUGACGCAAACAGGAGAUCCUCCCCCUAGUUUGCUAAAUAAUGUCCACAAAAAUAAGACUGAAACACCUGAGGUGGGGGCAACUUCUCAUACAGACUGCAGCCCUUUGAUAUUCCCAGCAACUGUCCUUGAGUCAGAGCAGGACCGUAUCACAACAGCAGAUUCUAUAGUGCAAAGUGCACAAGAUACAGUGAAUCUUAUGGGAGACUCUUGAGUUUGUCUUUGCAUUUAAAAUAUUCUGGCGUUGCUCCUGACAGCCGGAAAGAGUGUACUGCCCAUAGUGAGGAGUCAUUCUCUAAGCAUUAAUGGACCAGGGGCCUACAGCACAUGGACACCAGUGCAUGUGUGUGUUGGGUUACAUGCAAACACUGACUGCAGUUGCUUUAGUUCAUUCAUUUGAUUAUCUCACAGGAUGUCUCCUAGGAACUAAAAUAUAUGAAAUCUAUCAAAGAAGAGUUAUAUCUUGGUACAGAAACCUUGGAGUGCAUUUAAAUAAAAUGUAUAUGUUAUACAUGGACACUUGCGCAGUACCAUAAAUUCUGAGCCCAUCCCUGUAUUUAAUGCUUCAGGCUGUAAACCGCAUACAUGUUCCUUUACAAAUAUUUACAGUCCAUAAAAUUUGGCAACCACACAAACGUUUUAUUUUUUGUGUUUGGAUAGGCCAUUCCUUUUCAGAGCCAUGCUGAAUUUUCAAUAUCGU